UGAGGGCUGCUACGUCAUGUCCUGAACUUGAGCGCCAUUUUUUCCUCAAUAGGGGAAGAAAGGGACAAAAGCUGGACCAAAAAUAACUUACCUCUGGUAGAGGUUUGCAAACACCACCCUCCAUAUUUCACCACAGUUUUCGCAGCGCGGUGCGUGUGUACGGAGGAUGCUGCUCGGAUGAGUAUCUGCGUGCAGCGCCGGGAGCAGACGCAGCUUGCCGACCCACAGUUGAGGGCCGGUGGAAGUGGAGAGCGUUAGCCCUGACGGAGGUGGCACAGCGACAACUAACGUUAACCCACGGUGAAAAUCGGACGAGGAUUGUGUGGAAGAAUGUAUCAGCUCCCAGUUGGAAAUAUUGAGAAGAUCCGAAAGGCACGCAAGGCAGUGAAAAACAUCUUGAGUGAGAUCGGCCUGGAAGACUGUCAGACAUUUCUGCAGGAUCUCAAGCAAAAAAAGUCAAACGAGAAAAGCUCGGACGAGAAAGCCUCAGAUGAGAAGAACACAGAUGAAGACGAGGCCUUUCAGGAAACUGAGUGGUUCGACUUCACGUAUGGAUAUAAUAGCAGACAACAGAAAAAGUGGCCCUAUCGAUCUCGAUCUCUGUGCUGCACCAUGUGCAAGUACUCCUCACAGAACAUCUACAACUUCAGGAGCCACGUCUCUCGCUGCCAUGCGUACGUACAGUCGAUGUGCGCGCUGGCAUCCUGCUCUCAGUGCCUCUUCAUCGGCCACCCCAAGGUUGUCAAGAGGCACAUACUGUUCUUCCACACCAAACUCAGCAGCACCAGUUUGCCACCUCCAAGGGAGAGUGCUCUCGCCACCCAUCGCGGAAAUGAGAGGUAUCAGUGUCGAAGAUGUGGAUUUCCGACCUCUUCUAUCUUUGCCAUGAAGAAGCACAUCAUUCUCAAGCACCUGGACAGUUUGGCAGAGCAGUACAUUGGCUACAGAUUGAACCUUCAAGGCACCACAACUGUUAAGAUCUACUGCUGCAAGGUCUGUCGGGUGAACACUGGAAACCUAGACCAGAUGUUGCAUCACAUGCUUGUUGAGCCAUCACACUAUUCGGUCAGCACACAAGUGCAGCAUAUGAUUUACGAGAACAAGAACUACACAAUUAAAUCAACACCCAAUGGGAAUGGGCUGUUUGUGACAUUUCCGAAUAUUGCUCCCAAACCACAGCAACCUCAGAUGUUCAACAGUAAGUCCUUGGUUUUGCCGAGUAAUGGCCAGCCUGCUGGGACUUUGUUGGCAUUACAGCAGUUGCAAGGAACUACAAACAGUACUACUCUCAUCUGUACCCCUGGAACCAACCAAGCGUUCCUUCCCCCUCAGGCAUCGGCACUAGUGCAGCUAGCUAGUGCUGAGGCCAAAGGUUUGCUCCAGCCCGGUGCUACGAUAUCCCUCCGAAGUGCUUUGCCCCAAGGACCAUCUAUGGUCCAGCUCCCCACAGUGUCGAAUGUGUCUCUGAAACAGGCACCGGUGACGUUAACUCCUGCUUCUGCUCCGCCACAACAGACUCAACAAGCGCAGCAGUUUGUUUUUCCAUCAGGACUGCAGGCCAACAUGGCAGCUGGACCUGGAGCUAUAUCCAAGCCGAAUGUGGUUAUGCAAAACGCCUCAACAAACCAAAUGGCCCUGCAAGGCACAAUGCUGACUUCACAGUCCCUGUUGAGUCACCUGAUCCCCACCGGCAACAAGAUGAACGGCAUGCCCACAUACACUUUCGCACCACUGCAAGUAGCAGUGCCCGUCUCUCAGAGCACAAGCACCCCUCUCAAGACUGUUGAGCAAACAAGUAACACCUCACCUCAAACUAAGAAAUGGAUUACCUGUCCUCUCUGCAACGAACUGUUUCCUUCAAACGUCUUUGACAUGCACACAGAGGUCGCUCACCAGACAAAAUCCAACACAACCAAGUCAGAAAGUGUGGCGGCACGAGCAGCGUUUUUGAAGAAAAUGCCUGAUAAAACUGUCAAAUGUCUAACGUGCAAAAUUCUGCUAUCAGAAAAAAGUGUCUUCCAGCACCUGCUGCAUGGCCUCAACUGUUUGUACUGCUCAGCUUUGUUCUUUUCAAUCAAACAGCUUGCUGAGCACGUGAAGCACCACAAUCCCUCAAGCAAGGCAUACUGUGACUUUUUGAGACAGAAGUACAGGGUCUAUUCAAAAGGCGUUGGAGGAAUCCUCUUCCCUUACUUCGAUGUCCACACCACAGCACCGAAAGAGGUCUUAGGUGACACCGAGGUCAAUCUCGCUCUCGUCACGAAUUCCCUCGACCUGAUCUUCUUUAAGUUGCAGCCCAGCAACCAGACAGAGAUCUGCCCAGCACCUGUGAAAGUCAACAGCUCUUACUGUCCCUUCUGCAAUGAAAAGUUUCAGAAUGAAUCCAAACACCUCGAGCACCUGAAACAAAAACACUUUGUAGCACCCACCAUUCACGCCAUCCUCAAGACGGAGGCUUUCAAGUGCAUAUACUGUAAUGGUGUGUACACGGGGAAGGUCACCCAGCAGGCGGUUAUGCUCCACAUCCAGCGAUGCAGGUGUUCCCCAAAACAACCACCGCCCCCCAAACCUGCAGCAGCAGCACCACCACCACCGCUGCCGCCGCUGCCUCCACCGCCGCUGCCGCCGCCGCCGCCGCAGCAACAGCAACAGCAACAGCAGCAGCAGCAGCAGCAGCAGCAGCAGCAGCAGCAGCAGCAGCCACCAAAACCAGCUCAGCAGUUCAGUCAGCCGUCCGGACUCUACUUUCUACAAGUGCCACAAGGGAUGACCGUGAAACAAGCUUUAGCGCCGGCCCGUGUGGUUCCAGCUGCACCCCCUGCCGCGCCUUCAGAAACAGCGGCAGAGAUGCAGUCUAAGAAGAGGCUAGAAGCUGCACUGAAGGAGGUCAUCGAGGUGAACAAACGUGAGCGAGAACAGCGGGCGGCCAUGCGCAAGAAGCGAGAGCAGGAGAAGCUGCUGCCCCCACCGGAGCCUGCGGUGCAGAGCGACCCCACAGUGAAGCUGGCGUUGGAGCCCACCGCGGUGGAGCGCCGCUGCGGCGAGGAGCGCAGGGACUUCAUUUCCAAAUACUUUAACCUGAACCCCUACGCAACCAAAGCCGAGACUGACGAGCUGUGCAGGAGGCUGUCCCUCACCAAAGCAGAGCUGGCAGCCCACUUCAGCAAGAAGCGAAGCAAAUGCAUGAAGAGUCUCAAGAGGAACAAAGCCGCCAUCCUCCUCGGCUUCAACAUGACGGAAAUGAGCAAAGUCAAGCACAAUCUCCGCAUCCCAGAGUAUCAGGCGGCCGAUACCGCAGAGCAGCCAUCCGCCGAUUCAACAGAACAGAUGGAAGGUAGUGAGGCUGGACCAGAACUGAUGGAUUAAAGUGGAACUGAGAAAGUUAGAGAGGGAAAACAGGUGGGGCCGAUGGAAUGAACUCAGAGAUGUGUGACAUUAGAACAAACUGAAAACUGCUAAUAAUUCAAAUGCAGAUGUCCUUGAAUUAAAACAGAUACUUAAAUGACCUUUGACCCAUAUAAUGGCCUUUUGUGUUAACAGUUACUAGAGAAGUUCAUCCUGCAGUGCAUAAAAUGCAUUUCCUGACAUACAAGUUACCUGAGUGAGGGAGGUUAACUAAUGUAGCCUUCACUGGUAGUGCUUCAUUUGACUUCAGUAUGCUGUCCCGAGUUUCACGUACAAUAAAGAGUCAUGUUGUGAUGCUCCUUUUAGAGACAGAUGUUACAAUCACUCAACAAUGGCCACUGACUUCAUUUUAAGCACUGAUUUGCUCUUCGUAGCUGCUUCCUGUCUCUCCUGCUCCUUUUUUUAUUUAAACCCUUUUGUACAAAUUUCCAAUUCCUUGUCUGCAAACUUCACCAUAGUUUGUUAUUAUUAUUAUUAUUAUUAUUAUUAUUAUUUUUAUUAUAAUUAUUAUAAUUAUAUUAUGGUUUUCUUUAUAAAUUGGUGUUUGUUUUUACAUAUUUGGACCUAUGUGUGUCACUGCUUAUCUUCGUCACCCCUUAUUUGGUUGUUGUUGUUUUGAUUUUUUUCAAACCACUCCAUCUCUCAACAUAUAAACAGUGUAAGGAGGAAAUGUUUCUUGGGCACCAGCUUCUGCAGACUGUUUUCGGUGAAUGUAACCUUGAAGCCAAAUUCUUCCGAUCGUACAGAUGUUAGAGUUGUCAGGUUUGCUGAAUUCCCUGCUGAAUGAACACUAGGUUAUUCUAAAUCUCUGAACAUGUUGCUUGCAUGAGCCUUUGUUCUAUUGUCAGAUGAAAUUAUGAUUUGUGCCAUUGUGAAGUCUACAUAUUUGCAUAGACUUGUGGAAAUUUACCUAGAGAUUCAACAAAACAUAAACAUGUUAUUGGGUGUUCAACAUAUAUAUCUUCUGUUCUCCUGACAGCUGUGUUUUUUUGUACUAUACAUGUAUUUUCUAUAAUUCCUAGAGGAUCAAAAAUAUUAGGAGGGAUACAAAUUCUCAUUCUGUCCAAGGCCACUGUGUUGUAAAAAAAAAUAAAGUGGUUUCCUUUUA